UAGCGUUAGGAAAAAUUAAAUCCGGAGGUUUCCCUCCCUUGCCCUGCAGUGACGCUGUUGACGUUGGGAUGGCGUAGGGAUCCUCACAAAGGGGAAUCCCUGCAGCAAUCACCCGGUCACACGGUGACGUCAGCCUGAUAUCGACAGCACCUGCCCACCGAUGGGAUCGCGAUGCAUGGGUGAACAACAAAAUAUGUUACGGCAAGCCGCUGCCGGGAUUUCCAGUCUCGAAGAUAUAAGGGGCCACACAUAUCUGUUCGUUUUCCUCCCGAGUCUGUGGGGUCUUAUAACUCUUGUAUCAAUAAUAAACCUCCAUCCUGCAAGUCAUCUCCCAACCCGAGAAAGUCAAAAAUAUUCCGACCUACAAGUCACACCUCCAUCAUCAGCACUACCAACCUGCCACAAAACUGAGCGCAACACCGUCAACAUGGGCGCAGUAAUGUCUUGUAUCCAGGGGAUUGGUGACUGUAUCAUGACAGUCAUUAGAGCGAUCGCUGGGGUCAUCAUGUCGAUCGUCAACGGCGUCGUCGCAGUCCUUUCGGCCAUCGUUAGAUUUCUGACCUGUGGCUACUGCGGACGUGGCGGCGGCGGUACUCGUCGCACAAGACACACUAGUCAUGUCUAGGAGCAACGGCACGGCCACCAGGCGGGCGUGUUCGUGAGAUAAUCAAGACCUGGAUCUCACUUGCGGGAGAGGGGACGAGGUGCAACCAGCCAAGAAGUCUGGAGAGGGGAGAGAGAGUAAUAUCGGCGAGCGGCCUUUGGGUUGCCGACUUUUGGAGGAACGCUUUCGAUCAUGGGCCUCUGCGUUUUCCAGUUCAGGGCAUUGAAGGACACAUGAUACCCCUAUUUUCCCAUAUGUACAGUACCGACGGCACGGGAGAUGUUUUUUUUGCCUGACGAGAGCGUCAUCAGCAUGAUUGAGCACAAGCAGUAACGGAAUAUACCCUACAUGCCC